AUGCCUGGUGGAGAAGAACAGCGAUGGGAGACAGCCAAACAGCGGGCCGCUCGCCUGCGAAGCGAGGCUCAUCGCAAACGUCUCAAGAAAGCACAGAGAUCUCGGUAUGCCAAAACUUCGGACGCCCUAGCUGUGCAUCACAAGCACCUCAAAGGCUUGUGGAAGCGAUUGAACAAGACGCCCAAGCCAGAGCCUACUGGAGCUCAACAACCAGACGGCUUGACCAUUAAGCUUUUGCCUUUCCAGCUGGAGGGCCUGUACUGGCUUCGUCAGCAAGAACUUGGGCACUGGAAGGGCGGCAUCCUUGCGGACGAAAUGGGCAUGGGAAAGACGAUCCAAAUGAUCUCGCUCUUCUUGUCCGACCGCCAAAAGCCUAUAUUGGUUGUGCUCCCGACUGUAGCCAUCAUGCAAUGGAAGCACGAGAUCGCAAAGUACACCGAAGACUUCAAAGUCAUGGUAUGGCACGGGGCUACUCGUGAAUCUGACGUCGAUGAAAUUCGACGUAAUGACGUAGUUCUGACCAGCUACGGCAUCCUCGAAAGCGCCUAUCGGAAAGAGCAUGCUGGAUUUAGACGCAAGGGUGAGCUGCACAAGGAGAGAAGUGCCUUACACGCAGUGCGUUGGCACCGCGUAGUGUUGGACGAGGCGCACAACAUCAAAGAGCGCGCCACAAAUACCGCCAAGGCCGCCUUCGCUCUGCGAGGAACUUACAGAUGGUGUCUGUCAGGCACACCUUUACAAAACCGAGUAGGCGAGCUUUAUAGCAUGCUCAACGAACGCGUUGAAGAAGCUGUGACCCUGGAUGUCACUCCUGACAAUACAGCGCGCAUUUUGGCAAUGUACUACUGCAAAUCGUGCCCUUGCACUUCCUUGCAUUGGCAAUUCAGUGACAGAAGGACUUGCGACAAAUGCGGGCAUUCUCCAAUGAGACACAUCAACCUAUGGAACCAGGAAAUUCUCAAGCCAAUCCAGCGCACUGGUGCCGCGACCGGCGAGGGCGGACAUGCGUUCAAACGUCUUCGACUACUUUUGAGCCGAAUGAUGCUGCGUCGAACCAAGAUUGAGCGCGCAGAUGACAUGGGAUUGCCUCCGCGCACCAUCGUCGUACGCCGAGACAUGUUUAACGAGGAGGAAGAAGACUUGUAUGCAAGUCUAUACACUGAAGGAACGCGCAAGUUCUCGACGUAUCUCGACCAAGGAACGGUUCUGAACAACUACUCCAACAUCUUUACGCUUCUCACCCGCAUGCGUCAGAUGGCGUGCCAUCCCGAUCUUGUUCUUCGCUCCAAAUCUGGCAUCCAGAACAAGCUGCUUGGCGACGAUAUCACGGAGAGCAUCUGGUUCUGCCGCAUUUGCACGGAAGAAGCGGAGGACGCGAUCAUGUCGAAGUGCCGCCACAUUUUUUGUCGUGAUUGCGUCACCAGCUACUACGAAGCGGCUGUGGCUGAGGGCCACACUCCAGACUGUCCUCAUUGUCACAACAACCUAACCAUCGACCUGGAGGCCGAUGCGCUUGAGCCGCCCGAGCAAGUGGACGCGCAUGCCCGAGGACGCCAAGGCAUUCUUGAGCGCCUCGACAUGAGCAAGUGGCGCAGCAGCAGCAAAAUCGAGGCGCUACUCGAAGAGCUUGAGCGUCUCAAGUCGGAAGACAAGACGAUCAAGAGCAUCGUCUUCUCGCAAUUCGUCAACUUCCUCGACCUCAUCGGCUACCGCCUGCAGAGGGCAGGCUACCGCAUUUGCCGCCUCGAAGGUGGCAUGACACCGGCAGCACGCGACGCCACCAUCAGGUACUUCAUGGAGAACGCUGAGGUCUCUGUCUUCCUUGUCAGCCUGAAGGCGGGAGGUGUUGCGCUGAAUCUGACAGAGGCUUCGCGCGUCUUCCUCAUGGAUCCCUGGUGGAAUCCUUCCGUGGAAGUACAAGCGAUGGACCGCAUCCAUCGUCUGGGUCAAUACCGACCCAUCAAAGUCACUCGUCUAGUCGUUGAGAAUUCGAUUGAAAGCAGAAUCAUCCAGCUGCAAGACAAGAAAGGAGCCAUGAUCGAAGCAGCCAUCGGCUCAGACGACACGGCAAUGACGCGUCUCACCGUCUCGGACUUGCAAUUCCUGUUCUCUUUGUAG